AUUGAAACCAUUUUUCCGUUGCGUUUAUUAUGGGUCGGUUCGGUUGGUGAUUGUUUAGAAAAGAAGUUUUACAACAAAAUCCAUGUGUUUUCUUUGACAAUGGCGCCGUCAAUUGGAGUUAAUCUACGUGUAACUGGUCAUUGUGACCAGGGCGAUCGAAAGUACAUGGAGGAUGUUUUUAGUGUUGCUUAUCAACAUACCAAAGAGGGCCAAGACCUGGAAUAUGCUUAUUUUGGCAUUUUCGACGGACACGGAGGCAAACACGCUGCUAUAUUCGCUAAGGAACACUUGAUGGACAACAUUGUGAGCAACCCUUACUUUUGGUCAGAGAAUGACGAAGAUGUGCUAAAGGCCAUCAAAGAGGGCUUCCUUACCACACACCAGGCCAUGUUUAAAGUUUUGGACACAUGGCCCAAGACCAUGUCAGGACUACCCAGUACAUCAGGAACAACAGCUAGUAUAGCAUUCAUCAGAAGAGGCAAAAUUUUUACUGGUCAUGUUGGAGAUUCAGGAAUUGUUCUUGGGUAUCAGGAUCCAGAUUCAAAUGUGUGGCUCGCACGACCGCUUACUCAGGAUCACAAACCAGAAUCAGCAAUGGAGAUAGGAAGGAUACAAGAAGCAGGUGGAAAGGUGGUUUGGAAAGCAGGAGUUCCAAGAGUCGUUUGGAAUAGACCAAAAAUUGGUCACCAAGGACCAGUUCUUAGAUCCACACACAUAGAUGAAAUCCCUUUUCUUGCUGUCGCCCGCUCGCUAGGUGAUUUAUGGAGCUUCAACUCGGCGUCGAAUCAGUUUGUUGUUUCUCCUGAACCAGAUGUUAACACAAUGACUAUUGAUGUUUCUCGACAUCGUUGUCUUAUUCUUGGUACCGAUGGCCUCUGGAACAUGAUUCCGCCGCAAAGGGCGGUAGAAGUAGUUCAGCACAUCGAUAGGCAAAACAAAAUGCAUGCCGCUCCCGAUCAACCAUUGCCGUGGACGAAUCCAUCCAAACGACUAGUCAACACGGCUCUAGACUACUGGAUGAUGAAUAAAUUGCGUGCAGAUAACUGUACGGCAGUGACAGCAUUACUUGAUCCACCUGGUCCACCUCUGACUGGUCUUCUGAUGCCUGUGCGCAGACCGGAAGAUGUUGCCACAGAUUCCGCUCCUACCGUACCCACUUCAGACAACGGAAUUGAAACAUCGAAAGAGCGCGUUCAAACACCCGAACACAAUCCGUCUGAAUUAGCUGCCCUUUUGUCUGCACCUGUCGUGAGUGAUGUUACACCAGUCCCGCCAGCUUUACUGGAAACAAGUCUACCGGUGGACACAACUCCCCCGCAAGUAACUACACCUCUUCGGGUGCUGCGCAACCGGAUAGCACCAUCCGACAGCUUAGAGAACCUAGACAACAAGUUUAGUUGCAAGAAGGCGAUAACAGCUUCAACGUCGUCCGCACCGCCGCUGGGCUCUCAGUUAGUUGGCGUCCGUAAAAAGAUGGUUACUGUGGACCCUGCUUGUCUAUCCCGAAAAAGACCGAUGACUCGAUCUCGUCUUGAUGUGGCUAGUGAAGAAAGAAAUGCCAGCGACACAGAGAAUCACAUCAACAGCAGUAGUAAUAACAGUGCAAGUAGUACCAGUAGUAAACGAAGUCGCAAGUCACUCCCGGUUGCAACGUUGUCUCCGAGAAGUCACCGCAUUCUUCGAUCGGGCACCUCACCUCAAGUUGCGCGUUCAUUGCGUUCCCAAGAUUCCUUUAACCUCCGAUUCGGUCAGACUACAACUCCCAUCCACUUAAGAAGGAAGCGUUCCAGGUCGUUCACUCCCACGAAGAGAAGAAAGUAGGAGCGAAACAAAAAAAAAAUAGUUUUGAGGGAGGAAAUUGAGAAACACAGAAAAAGCCGCUGCACAUUUCGCUUUGUACAGAGCCCUCUCGCCAGUUAUUAUUUCUUUUACUUCUUCGCUCGUCUUUUAGUUUGAACCAAAACAAUUGGAUGGGCUCGUUGCUAAAACCGCUCGCCAGAUGGGAUACGUUGUUACUCC